GGAUGAUGGAUGGAGGAAGGAACAACAAACAAGAACCAACCUUUCACCGAUUCAAGUCAUGCAGCUGCUGGAGCUCGCUUGCGAACAACGUGGAAAAUCAGUACAGCGGGCUUAAGAAGUGGAGCCGAAGUCGGAGCAGCCGAAACUGAAACCAUUUCUUCAGAAACUUCAUCAGACAUCAUCUCAAUUCUUAUAACCUGAUCCCAUCCUCGCCAAAAUAUGGGCAUUUCCUUGGACAACUUCAAAAGCAUCUUCACAUGCAGAACAUUGCUUGGUAGCCUGGCCCUCACCGGAACCUGUCUAGCAUGUGAUCAUAUUCUCCAGCUACCAGGCGUUGCAUCCAGUACUUACGGCCGGGCAGUUGUUGAUAACUUCUCCCACGGAAUGGUGGGUGCGAUGUCGUGGGCCAUGGUGGUUCUCGUGAUCCCGCCAUGCAGCUUGCGUCAGCUGGCGGAGGUUAUCUUGUGCGGCUUGCUUGCUUCACUGUUGGAUGUGGAUCACUUUAUUGCUGCGAGGUCUUUUGAGUUGAAGGAAGUCUUAGCGUUGCCCUUCAGACCUCCUCUUCACUCGACCACUCUCAUUCUCCUCAUCGCCAUCUUCCUCCUCCUUGGUGUACGUCUUGCCUCCUCCUCCCAGUACCUUCAAUCCUUGCCCUACAUGUUCAUCGUUGCAACCUUCUCCCAUCAACUCCGAGAUGCUUCGAGGCGAGGGCUGUGGUUCUGGCCGUUGGGCUCCACGCCCCCUCUACCCUACUGGAUUUAUAUUGUCAGCGUUGUUAGUUUGCCAAUUAGCAUCAGACUGGUCAUGGAGAGGAUAGAUCCGUGGUUGUUGAAAUAUAGUGCAGGACACACAGGACAGUUUAAUGUGUAAUUUGUGGCAAUUUGGAUUUGGUAUUUAUAAUAAUAACAAAAACAUUUGAAGACAUUUAAUAUUAUGCAUUAAGUCUGGUUCAUACUUCUGAAUGUGAUACAAACUUUGACAUCACAAUUUGCAUAAGUUGACUGUCGCAACUCCUGCGAAACAUUUCGCUGCGAAAACAGCCCUGUGAAGUCAAAAUUUGCUGGUAUUCGCAGAAAGUAUGAACCAGUACUUAAUUGCAGUCUGAGCCUCUAUGCGCAACACCUUGCGAAGGGUGUCAUGGCCGAGCGGUUUACAGCAUUAAAUUCAAGUUCUGGUGGUUAAAAGAUAUCAGUGCGUGGGUUC